AUGCCGAAUACUAAUGAAUCUUCAACCCCCCCUCGUUUCACUGAUGAACCUGACCUUACGGUUUCGUCGUCUCAAGUGAGUGAGGUUGAGUAUCCUCGCAUGGAGACAACUGGUCGCCCUCGUGAGCGCGAGUCUGGUACAAGAGCCCGUUCCUUCAGCGCCGAGCGGGUUCUGAAUGCUGAGCCCGUGCAGUUUGGACGUGCAGUUCCUAUUCUGGGAGAGCAAGUUGACGCCAGAUCCCGUCGCGCCUGCCGCCUUGAUUCGUACCUCCUCCUGCGGGGCAACCAGCUUGGUCCUGUUAAUCGUCGAGCACACAUCGAAGCUCUUCGAUUAGAAGACGACAUUCUUCUCGGUCGAUACCUGGCAUUCGACUCCGACAUCGAGAAAGGCAAUUACACUGUCUCUCUCAUCACUCGCAAAGGUCGAUGCUUCCGCCUUGGAAAGUAA